AUGGCGACGGCGUCUAUACCUACCGCACUCAAGGGCGCGGUUGGUGCCUACAAGGACAUCCAAACAGUGAGCUAUGAAAAGGACAAGGAACUGGCCGGCACAGACAAGUUCGCGCCUGUGAGCUUUCCGCACUAUCUUCCUGUCUGGGACAACGAAAAAGGCGAGACAUAUAAGCCACUGGAACCAUUUGAGCACUAUGAGCACGGCAAAGAUGCAGACCCCUCGUUCAAGAACCUCCUCAAGGAGGGAAGCAAGCUGGAAGACAUCACUGCCUCGAUCGGCGCAGAGGUCACUGGCGUCCAGCUCUCGCAACUGGACAACAAGGGCAAGGACGAGUUGGCUCUGCUCGUGGCGCAGAAGAAGGUCGUUGCCUUUCGUGACCAGGACUUCGCCUCCGUCCCUAUCGAGCAAGCGUUGGAAUUCGUUCGAUACUUCGGAAGACUGCACAUCCAUCCCACAAGCGGAGCUCCUGAAGGAUUCCCAGAGGUCCACCUCGUCCAUCGAGCCGCCGACGACAAGACCUUUGCCGAUUUCUUGACCAGCCGAACCAACUCGAUCGCGUGGCACAGUGAUGUGACAUACGAGAACCAGCCACCUGGGACGACAUUCCUUUACGCUCUAGAUAUCCCAGAGGCAGGCGGCGACACUUUGUUCUGCAACAUGGCCAAAGCAUAUGAGCGACUUUCUCCGGCGUUCCAGGAACGUCUGGCUGGACUGCAGGCUGUGCACUCAGGCUAUGAGCAAGCCACGGCCGCCAAGAACCGAGGAAGCAUCUAUCGUCGCGCCCCAGUUUCAUCCAUCCACCCAGUCGUGCGGACUCACCCGGCUACCGGAGAAAAGGCGCUCUUUGUCAACCCCCAGUUCACCAGGUAUAUCGUGGGCUUCAAGCAAGAGGAGAGCGAUUAUCUCCUGAAGUUCCUGUAUGAACACAUCGCAUGGAGCCAGGACAUUCAGGUCCGUGUUAGAUGGAGGCCGAACACCGUCGUGGUGUGGGACAACCGCGUUACUGCGCACUCGGCCCUCAUUGAUUGGCAAGACGGCCAACGACGACACAUUGCCCGCAUCACUCCUCAAGCCGAGCGUCCGACCGAGUAA